AUCUUAAACAUUUUUAAAAAGAAACGUAAGUGAUUAGUAGUUUUUUAAGCCAUAGGCUUGCAAGUGGCUGGACGUCAAAAAUGUCACUUUCUACGAAACGUCAUUGUUCGCAUAACCAUGACUGAAAGAUGUCAAACGAAGUUUAUAGAAAAAUUUGAUAAUCAAAAUUAUAUUAUUUACGUCGGUGUUAUAUCAGCUUCUCUCGCCGUUUUAUAUUUCUACAGAUUUCACUUCAUCGCGAUCACUUUGAGUUAUGUGUUGGGAUGUGUGGCUUGUUAUUACGGACUGAAAUCAAACGUACUUCGCGACUACGUGCGGCUGCUAAAGUCCCACUUCUCUGGGAUAGCAGACGAGGGGCGGGAAGACGAUGUGCCAGUCAAGGGUUGUGUCACCUGCGGGUCCCCGGACUGCGCCCGGCAUGACCCGGGGAUGCCCGUGGACCCCUGGGAGGGGCUCCAGAUACACAAGCAACUUGAUCAAGCCAUAGAAGAUUUCUACAACACAAUCCUGGACCAGUUCAUCAAUACAUGGUACAGCAAGAUCACGCUGCAACCGUUCUUCGUGGAUGAGUUGCGGUACCAGCUUCGAUAUGCUUCCGCCAGUUUACUCCGGAGAGCUCUCAAGGUAGACUACCCGCGCGUGCUGACGUCACGCCUGGUCCCGUGCGCGUUACGUCACUACUCCGUGUGCGCGGGCGCCGCGCCUCCCGCGCCGCACCCCGCCGCCGCCUCCCGCGCGGCCGAGCUGAAGUAUCUACGCAGCGUGACCAGAGCUAUUAUGCCGUAUCUGCUGAAGGCUGAUGAGGCUGAAAACCCUGUGUUCCGGGUGCUAAUUCGCGAGAUAUUCGCUGGCUGGGUGCUGUUAUCAUUGACUGAUGUCUUGGCCGACCCCUACAUACUGAAUACUCUCAUAGUACUGGCCACGGGAGACGAGACCAUGGCGCAGCUGCCCACCACUCCUAACUAUAAGGUAGAAUUCCUGGAGCGUUUCGCGCGCCACACGGAAUCCGUAUACUGCCAGCGGCCCAAGCUCUUGAAAGUAGACCUGGAGUGGGUGAUCAGCGACCAGGACUACUUCUACGCCUUCAUGCAGCAUCUGAAGGCCACCAGCCAUAUACAUCUGCUGCAGUUUUAUAAGGAUAUCAAAUUAUUCCAAACGAAGCUCCUAAAUCCAGACCUGGAUUCGUCCGAGCAAGCCGCGCUCCUACAAGAAGCUCGCGACAUGUACGAGCUAUACCUCUCGCCGCGGAGUCUCAGCGCCGUGCCGCUAGACGCCUCCAUCGCUGCGGAACUACACGAUAUACUGCACAGCGCGCACAGCAUCAAGCGCAACACUAUGCGGACUCUAGCCGCCAUGUCACAGCAAGCUCGGGACAUGUACGAGCUAUACCUCUCGCCGCGGAGUCUCAGCGCCGUGCCGCUAGACGCCUCCAUCGCUGCGGAACUACACGAUAUACUGCACAGCGCGCACAGCAUCAAGCGCAACACUAUGCGGACUCUAGCCGCCAUGUCACAGCAAGCUCGGGACAUGUACGAGCUAUACCUCUCGCCGCGGAGUCUCAGCGCCGUGCCGCUAGACGCCUCCAUCGCUGCGGAACUACACGAUAUACUGCACAGCGCGCACAGCAUCAAGCGGUUUGUACUUAUGCCAGCACAGUUCCCAGCUGUGCAGGAAGAAGUUUCCAUCGCUGCGGAACUACACGAUAUACUGCACAGCGCGCACAGCAUCAAGCGCAAGCUCGCGACAUGUACCAGCUAUACCUCGCUGCACGAUAUACCUACUGCACAGCGCGCGCGCACAGCAUCAAGCGGUGAGUGUACCAGCAACACUAUGCGGACUAUAGCCGCCAUGUCACAGCAAGCUCGCGACAUGUACGAGCUAUACCUCUCGCCGCGGAGUCUCAGCGCCGUGCCGCUAGACGCCUCCAUCGCUGCGGAACUACACGAUAUACUGCACAGCGCGCACAGCAUCAAGCGGUUUGUACUUAUGCCAGCACAGUUCUCAACUGUGCAAGAAGAUUAUUCCAUCGCUGCGGAACUACACGAUAUAUUACACAGCGCGGACAGUAUCAAGCGUUCUCAACUGUGCAAGAAGAUUAUUCCAUCGCUGCGGAACUACACGAUAUACUGCACAGCGCGCACAGCAUCAAGCGGUGAGUGUACCAGCAACACUAUGCGGACACUAGCCGCCAUAUCACAGCAAGCUUGUGAGUACGAGCUAUACCUCUCGCCGCGGAGUCUCAGCGCCGUGCCGCUAGACGCCUCCAUCGCUGCGGAACUACACGAUAUACUGCACAGCGCGCACAGCAUCAAGCGCAACACUAUGCGGACUCUAGCCGCCAUGUCACAGCAAGCUCGGGACAUGUACGAGCUAUACCUCUCGCCGCGGAGUCUCAGCGCCGUGCCACUAGACGCUUCCAUCGCUGCGGAACUACACGAUAUACUGCACAGCGCGCACAGCAUCAAGCGAUUACAAACGAGUAGAGCGUUGUACCAAGCCGCGAGACAGUCGCACGCCAUCCUAGAGAAAAUUAUGCUGCCAAAGUUUUUACACAGUGAAGAGUAUUAUAAAUUAGUGAUUGGAUCUCGAAUACCGACUGGCUAUCAGAAACAAAUGACCAGAAAGCCUCAAGAAAGACUUCUACAAACAGCUUUAAAACUAGGCAACAGGUUAAAAGGUGCUCUAAGGCCUCAGACCAUAGACGGGCAGGUUUUAGACUGUUUCACCAACUCCGAGGAUUCCGAAGGGGACGGCGGGGAGAAUAUGGAUAUCUUGAAGUAUUUAGAGUCGCUGGCGAAUGAGGAUAGUUUAAGGGAGCAAGACUUGAGCACGUACAAAGUCGUGCUUACCAACGUUGAGACGAGAUUGCAAGCGCCGCCUCGUCGCGGCACCGUCCGUGUUUUCACGCUCGCCGUGCACCGCGCCGCGCCCGGCGCCGCGCCAAGACUGUGGGCGCUCGACCGAAGCGAACAUGACUUCCACUUAUUACGAGCUAAACUGCUUGAGUUCCACGGGGAUAAACUAUUACAUGAGCUUGCGCUGCCUUCCCGCAGAGACAACAGUCCAAUGGAGACCCUCCGCUACAAAUACGAAGACUUCCUCCAACGCUUACUCCAAAAAAGCCUUCUUCAAACCAGCGAGCUCCUCCACCUAUUCCUCACAGUGGAUGGAGACUUCUCUAUGGUCGUGCAAGCAUCGACCCUGAAUGCAAAUAGCAGUGACUUGGCUAAUAUCUAUCAGUCCGUCACGCAUAAACUGAGGAAAGAGAAGGGACAGCAUUUGGAGAGCUUUCUGAAGAAUCUGCUCGUGUCGUCGGAUAUUGACCGGUAUCAGGCGCUCAAGCAAGGCACAGCGCGCGACGUGGAAGAAGCGAUAGAAGUGAGCGAGGAGGCCGACACUAUACCUCUACAGCGGCCGCGGCGUGCGCGAGAUAUAACAGACUCCGUGUUUGGGGACAACUUCGGAGUACCACCUAGCGCGUGCCACCCUGGGGACAUACAACAUCAGGACGCUGUGUGUGGGUUCACUCAGUGCGCCAUGUUUUUGUUAGUGAAAGUGGUGAAGGCCCGUGGAUUCGUGACUGCCAUAGCUGGGAGCGUGUUUUGUGUGACGCGCGAACUCGUAGAUGACGCUUUCGACGCGCUACUCAAUAAGGCUCUAUGUCGCUUAUUAUCGGAAAGAAGAUUGGCACAUUUAAUACGAUUAGGACAUGGGCUAUUAUUUGGUAAGAAAGCAUCAACUCCCCGCACCGAUCCCGCGAGACAGCGAGAGUUGGCGCGGACACAACUUCUGCAGAGCAUUCCUUCGCCAGCCGUGUUAAUAGCCGGCAAUGGCCUGCCAGUGGCUGUGCACAAGGCAUUUGAAAUUAUACAGAGGCCACAACUCAACAAACAGUUGGUCUACAAUUUACUGGACUUGUGCCUGAUGGAACUAUUCCCCGAAUUAGGUGCUUCAACUGAGCCAUCAAAAGAACCAAAGAGUUGAGAAUAAAUUUAACCCACUAUGUGCUAUGAAUUCUGUAUUUACUUGCCAGAGUCAGACUAAGGCCAUCACGGGACCGAACAGGUCUUAGGUACAGCCAAAAUUGUGAUUUCGAUUAUUUUUUUCACAUUAAGGCCUUAGUCAGCCACUGGGAAAAAUACAUAUUUAACAUUCUGUAAAUUUACAGUUGAUUAUAAACUUUAAUGUUAACUUUAUUGUGAGUAAUUUGUAUUUAAUUGUAAAUAUUCUAUUGUAUCAUAAAUAUAUUUUUAUAAUAUUAGUUAUAAAGCCUUUAUUCGUAACCUUGUGUUAAGGUUGGUGGAUGGACAAGACCAUAAUUUUGUUAGCAUGUAAAUGAAUAUUUUUAACUGUUUACUUGUUUUCAGUAAUGAACACCAAUUACAAAAUAUUUUGAUAAAA